AUGACGGGACGGUCGCGUGACGUCACACGAGCGGCACUCUGCGGCUGCGGCUAUCGAUCGAAUAAGUCGUCCCGUCCCUCUCGCACCUGCCGUCUCAUAUACAGCCGUCUCGCUCACACCCAGUGGACGCUGCCUGACCUGAAGGCUGCGUUGGCGGCAGCGCAGGAGGCGGCGGGCGCGCAGGCUCGCGCGGCGCCAGCUGAUACCAUGGGCGGCGCGCACCAGCCCGCUACUCCGGGGCCCAGUUCGCUCUUUAUAUUCUCCGACGAAAAUCCUAUACGGAGGUAUACAAAGUUUAUCAUCGAGUGGCCGCCCUUCGAGUACGCGGUGCUGCUUACCAUCAUCGCCAACUGCGUGGUGCUGGCGCUGGAGGAGCAUCUGCCUAACGGCGAUAAGACCAUCUUAGCACAGAAUCUGGAAAAGACCGAGGCGUACUUUUUAGGAAUAUUUUGUGUAGAAGCCUCGUUAAAAAUCUUAGCCUUAGGUUUUGUUUUACACAGGGGUUCUUAUCUUAGAAACGUUUGGAACAUAAUGGAUUUUUUCGUUGUAUUGACCGGUAUCAUCACGCAGCUGCCAAUCGCGCCCACCGAAGUCGACUUCCGGACCUUGCGUGCCAUUAGGGUGCUGAGGCCCCUUAAAUUAGUAUCGGGCGUUCCUAGUUUGCAAGUGGUGUUGAAGUCGAUUAUUAAGGCGAUGGCUCCGUUGCUGCAGAUCGGCCUUUUGGUGCUUUUUGCGAUCGUCAUUUUCGCUAUUAUAGGCCUCGAGUUUUAUUCCGGGGCGCUACAUAAGACUUGUUAUAAUUUAGAAGAUAUUACUGAAAUAGUUAACGAUGGUGAUAAUCCGACGCCGUGCAAUGCGGACAACGAAACGCUAGCACCGUACGGGGCGCAUGUGUGCACUUACGAUAAAAGCACAUGCCUGGAGAAGUGGGAAGGGCCGAAUAGAGGGAUCACUUCGUUCGACAACAUCGGCUUUGCUAUGCUCACUGUCUUCCAGUGCAUCACUAUGGAGGGAUGGACGGCCAUUCUAUAUUGGACAAAUGACGCGUUAGGUAGCACAUUUAACUGGAUUUACUUUGUGCCUCUCAUAGUAUUGGGUUCAUUCUUUAUGCUCAACUUGGUUCUCGGUGUUCUUAGCGGUGAGUUCGCUAAAGAAAGAGAGAAAGUAGAAAAUAGGCAAGAAUUUCUUAAAAUAAGAAGACAGCAGAUACUAGAGAGAGAACUCAAUGGUUAUGUAGAGUGGAUAUGUAAAGCUGAGGAAGUUAUAUUAGCUGAAGAAAGAACAACAGAAGAAGAGAGAAUGCAUAUAAUAGAAGCUCGAAGAAGAGCUGCAGCGAAGAAGAAAUUAAAAAACCUUGGGAAAAGUAAAAGCACGGAUACAGAAGAAGAAGAACAAGACGAGGACUGCGGUGAUGAUGGUUUUUUGAAAAGUAAAACACGUUCGGCUGGAAAAUGCGCAGACUUCUGGAGAGCAGAAAAGAGGUUUCGUUUUUGGAUUAGGCAUACUGUGAAAACACAAUGGUUUUAUUGGUUCGUCAUCGUACUGGUGCUUUUCAAUACUAUAUGUGUAGCAGUCGAGCAUUACAGACAACCUAAGUGGCUUACUUCAUUUUUAUAUUAUGCCGAAUUUGUAUUCUUGGGUUUAUUCAUGAUGGAAAUGUGGGUGAAAAUGUAUGCCCUCGGGCCACGAAUUUACUUCGAGUCCUCAUUUAACCGCUUCGAUUGUGUUGUCAUAUCUGGCUCCAUAUUCGAAGUUGUGUGGUCAGAAGUAAAAGGUGGCUCUUUCGGUCUCUCGGUUCUCAGGGCCUUGAGAUUAUUGAGGAUAUUUAAGGUCACAAAAUACUGGUCGUCGUUACGCAAUCUUGUGAUAUCUCUUCUUAAUUCAAUGAGAUCUAUUAUCUCAUUGCUAUUUCUUCUAUUCUUGUUCAUACUUAUCUUUGCUCUUCUCGGGAUGCAAUUAUUCGGUGGACAGUUUAAUUUCGAAGAAGGCACGCCGCCAACAAAUUUCAAUACGUUUCCAAUCGCGCUACUUACAGUCUUCCAGAUUUUAACAGGCGAGGAUUGGAAUGAAGUUAUGUACUAUGGCAUUCAAUCUCAGGGUGGCAUACAAAGAGGCAUGCUCUACUCGCUGUAUUUCAUAAUUCUUGUGUUGUUUGGGAACUACACAUUGCUAAACGUGUUUCUUGCUAUCGCCGUUGACAAUUUGGCUAACGCUCAGGAAUUAACAGCAGCUGAAGAAGAACAGGGGGAAGAAAAUAAGGAAGCUAGUAAAAAGAAAGAGGCAAAAAAAGAUGAAGAGGAGAUACCAGAUGGACCAAAACCAAUGCUGCCAUAUUCGUCCAUGUUUGUUUUGUCACCUACUAAUCCCAUUAGACGAGGCGCACACUGGAUUGUAAAUUUAAGAUAUUUUGAUUUUUUUAUUAUGGUAGUUAUUUGCAUGAGUUCCAUGGCUUUAGCGGCUGAAGACCCCGUAGUUGAAGAAAGUAACCGAAAUAAGGUGUUAAACUACUUCGACUACGCGUUCACUGGGGUCUUCACUGUGGAGAUGCUGUUGAAGAUCGUCGAUCUCGGCAUCUUGUUCCACCCGGGCGCGUAUCUACGAGACCUGUGGAACAUCAUGGACGCCGCGGUCGUUAUAUGCGCCCUUGUUAGCUUCGGUUUUGAAAUCGGAGGUGUGAAGAAGGGCGCCGGGCAAAAUUUGUCCACAAUAAAAUCGUUGCGAGUGUUAAGAGUGCUCAGACCUUUAAAAACUAUAAAACGUGUUCCAAAAUUAAAAGCAGUGUUUGACUGUGUUGUAAACUCGUUAAAAAAUGUCAUUAACAUUCUCAUUGUGUAUAUAUUGUUUCAAUUCAUAUUCGCUGUAAUAGCAGUACAACUUUUUAAUGGUAAAUUUUUUCACUGCAGUGAUAUUAGUAAAAAUACUUUUGAAGACUGCCAAGGGUCGUUUUUCGUUUACGAAUCCAAUAGUCUAUUGCCGCAAGUAAGAAAGCGGCAGUGGACGACACAAUCCUUCCACUACGAUAACGUGGCCUCCGCUAUGUUGACGCUGUUCGCGGUACAGACAGGAGAAGGCUGGCCACAGGUGUUGCAGAAUUCAAUGGCAGCAACUUACGAAGACAGGGGACCCAUACAAAAUUUUCGAAUAGAAAUGUCCAUCUUUUAUAUAGUUUACUUUGUGGUGUUUCCGUUUUUCUUUGUUAACAUAUUCGUAGCUCUGAUUAUUAUCACCUUUCAAGAGCAGGGUGAAGCUGAGUUGCAAGACGGCGAAAUUGAUAAAAAUCAGAAAUCGUGUAUAGACUUUACGAUAGAAGCACGACCUUUAGAGAGGUAUAUGCCAAGUAAAAGGGGGAGUCUUAAGUACAAAGUGUGGAGAGUAGUAGUCUCUACGCCAUUUGAGUAUUUCAUCAUGGCGCUUAUUGUGCUAAACACUUUGUUGCUCAUGAUGAAGUACUAUAAUCAAAAUGACCUCUACGCGGAUAUCCUCAAGUAUUCGAAUAUGGGGUUUACUGGAAUGUUUUCUGUGGAAACGGUGUUGAAAAUCAUCGCAUAUGGUGUCAAAUUUCACGAGGCUCCACCACUUCUCAUGGAUGUCUUAACGGUCAUGAACAUAGUCUUUACGUUCUUCUUUCUUCUCGAGACCGUUUUGAAGUUAAUUGCCUUCGGAUGUACGAAUUUUUUCAAAGACCCGUGGAAUACGUUUGAUUUUAUAACGGUCAUUGGAAGUAUUAUUGAUGCUCUCAUUAUGGAGUUUGGCGAGAACACAUUCAACGUUGGUUUCCUCCGCCUCUUUCGAGCCGCGCGACUGAUCAAGCUGCUUCGACAGGGUUACACUAUUCGAAUACUACUUUGGACGUUCGUGCAGAGUUUCAAAGCCUUACCCUACGUGUGCCUUCUCAUCGCAAUGCUGUUCUUUAUUUACGCUAUUAUUGGAAUGCAGGUGUUCGGAAACAUAGAAUUAGCAGCCGAUUCUGAUAUGAACAGGCAUAACAAUUUUCGGAGCUUCAUACAAGCGCUAAUGUUAUUAUUUAGGUGUGCAACAGGUGAAUCUUGGCCGAACAUUAUGUUGGCUUGUCUCAAGCCCGCGAAAUGUGACAGGGAAGCCGAUAAACCACCAAAUGAAGCCUGCGGAAGCACACUGGCUUAUGCCUAUUUCGUCUCUUUUAUUUUUUUUUGCUCGUUUCUUAUGUUGAAUUUGUUCGUUGCCGUCAUUAUGGACAAUUUUGACUAUUUGACAAGAGAUUCCUCGAUUUUAGGCGCACAUCAUUUAGAUGAAUUCGUUCGAAUAUGGGCGGAAUACGAUCCAAACGCAACGGGUAAAAUACAUUAUACAGAAAUGUAUGACAUGUUAAAAAAUAUGGAUCCACCUCUGGGUUUCGGUAACAAAUGUCCAAAUAGACUGGCAUUUAAGAAGCUAAUAAGAAUGAACAUGCCGUUAGAUGAAGAAGGAAAAGUUAAUUUUACAACAACACUGUUCGCCUUAAUACGGGAAAAUCUUAGCAUUAAAAUGAGAUCUGCCGAAGAAAUGGACCAAGCCGACGAAGAACUUAGGGAAACAAUAACUCACAUCUGGCCACUUCAAGCUAAGAAGAUGUUAGACUUGCUGGUGCCUCGCAAAGAUGUUCUCAACGCUGGGAAAUUGACUGUCGGAAAAAUUUACGCAGGACUUCUUAUUUUAGAGAGCUGGAGAACGACUGGGUUUAAAAAACAGGGCGUUCCGGCAUUCAGCGAGAAUAGCCCUACGGCCAAUCAGCCGAAGGCGACCUUGUUUGACUGUCUGAUGGAUGCGGCGGCUGCGGCUCAUGGCCAUGGCUCUAGGACCGGGUCAUUGACCCAUGAGAUUCCAGUUAGCGGUACAGACGGCCAUCCGGAAGACCCACAUAUGUUGGCGAACCUCGCGAAACGCUCUACAAGAAAAUCGCUUAAGAACAACAAAAAGGUCUUGGAGUUGCAAGAUGUGGGAUCUCAUCAUGCGUCAGUGGAAUCACUAGAUGAAGCCAGGUUACAAGCUCCUCACGUUUAUCAAAACGGACAUGGAAGGUCAUCUAGUUUAAGACGGUCUCCGAGUCCAAGAAGACGCGGACACUACGGAGGGUACCAUCAUGAUAUCGGCUUCUCCGAUACAGUUAAUAAUGUCGUCGAGAUAGUAAAACACGAACAUCAUAGACAUGGUCGAACGCACAGAGCGGCACAUCACUAUCACCCACAUGCAGGGAAGGAGUGGAGAGCGCCGUAUCCCACGACCAGCCUGAGCCAGCCCUCGCGAUCGCCCAGCCCGCCACAAAACACCUACGUUUGGUCAUCGAUAGGUGGUGAUCGUGAGCGCGAGCGCGAUCGAGAACGCGAAUGGCGAGAGUGGCGUGAAGGAGGCAGGCGAGGCCGAGGUAGGCAGCUGCCGCCGACGCCGACCAAGCCGUCCACGUUGCAUGUUAAACAGCAGCCGCCGUUCGCCAGAAUAAGCCACAGCCCCUCGCACUUAUCGUUGAGGCAUACGGCCAGAGAGCCUUUAGAGCCUCUUCACGACGAGUACGAGUACGGCCGAGAAGUUGAAAGACUGAUACACCGAGACUAUAGAUCUAGAGAAAGUCUCAAUGAAACCGGGCGUGAGUUCGGCAGGCGCGGAUGGGGUUAUGAAUCGGAGCGAGGCGGACGAUCGUAUGAGGCGCCGCUGAGCUACGAAGCGGCGCUGGCACUGGGGCGGGGUGGAGGCGCGCGUGCCCUCCCGUCGCCCGGGCCGGCGCCCCGCCUGCCUAACGGGUACAAGCCGCGAGCCCGGCACUCCGACUCGGACGAGGACGACUGGUGCUAG